AUCGCAUCGCAGGAGAAAGACAAGCUCGUCGCGGAGGUGAUGCGAUACGUGCUCUUCUCGCAGCACAAAGACGGCGCGCCCGUGCAGCGGUCGAAGAUCAGCGAGCUGAUCACGACGCUGUCGCCGACUCUGAAACGCGUCAACCUCGCGGGAUACGUCAUCGCCCAGGCGCAGGUCAAGUUCGUCAAGGUGUUCGGGAUGGAGAUGAAGGAGCUGUCGCGGAUGGCGCACAAGAAGACGGGCAAGGACAGGACGAACGCGCCGACGGACCCGGGGAAGGAGUACAUCUUGAAGUCUACGCUCCCGGCGGCGGCGAGAAAACGAUGGGUGGACCGCGCGGAGGACAACGCGGCCAAGGCGUUUUGCAUCACCGUGUGCGCGCUCGUGAGCAUCUCCGGCGGGAUGAUCGAAGAGGACGCGCUGUGGAAGCACCUCGCGUCGUUGGGGGUGCACCAGGACGACGAGGACCACCCGAAGCUCGGGAACGCGAAAGCCGCGAUCGCGCGUCUGUGUAAGCAACGGUACAUCAUGCGAGAGAAGGCGUCGGCGGGCGGGGGCGAGGACGGGCGGGAUAGGUACGGGUACGUCCUCGCGGAGAGGGCGCUGGACGAGCUCGGGCAGGACGGCGUGGACGCGUUCGUGCAGGGGAUCAUGAAAGGCGCGGGGGACGACGAAGGAGAGCAGGAAACGGGCGCCGCGGCGUGA